AUGGCAGGCAAUCAAGCCUUUCAUUUUGAUCCAGUAGAGGAGGAGGAGCGUGAGCGGAUCCGCGAUUUAUCAAGGCAUGUGGCGUAUUACUGCACAGUGACUCGAUCACUGCCGACACCAGAUGCAGGAGAGGAGGAUGGCCUGGCUGCGCCGCAAGGAGACGAGCAGCCGGCGAGCUGCGAGCUGGCCAAGGAUAUCACCCUGACCGCCCUGGCGCAACUCGGCGUCCAUCGCUUCAACUGCAAUCGAUCCUUUGUUUCGAUUAUCGACGGCGAACUUCAGCAUAUCAUCGCCGAAGCGACGGCAUCGGUUUCUCUGCGCGACAAGAACCGACAUCUCCCAAACGAUGGCAUCUACCUCGGAGCACGGUCUCUCGAUCUGGUGUGGGGCGUGUGUCCCCAUACGAUCCGAUUGUUCACGGGGCGCGAACCCAACGAUAUCGAAUCGGGAAAUGUGACGGCAAACCGUACUCGCUAUAUUAUUAGGGAUUUCAGGGCGGAGGAUUGCUUUAAGGACCGACCAUAUGUUCGAGAAUGGCCGUUCAUGCGCUUCUAUGCCGAGGUCCCUCUGUACAGUGCCACGGGGUAUGUGCUGGGCUCUUACUGUGUAGUGGAUGAUCAACCACGCAAAGUGUUUGGCGAUGAGGAGAUUGGAGACCUCCAGGAAGUCGCCGAUGCUAUUGGUCAGCACUUGGAGAAUGUUCGAAUUGCCCAGGCCCAUACUCGCGCCGAGAAGUUGGUCAAGGGACUAACCAGCUUUGUGAAAGAACAUGCAGAUUUUGAUCCAACAGAAGUCUCGAAUAAUGGCCUUCUUCAAUCAAGUGUCAGUGCAGCUAAUGUUUCACCAAAAGCUGAAUCAGAGAGCGGCGCGGAGCCACUUCAUUUUACGCCGCCGGGCGACAUAGACACGCCCCAGGUUGAUGUUCACAGCCCCGAACAAUCAUCAACAUCAACUAUCAUACAGAACUCUGGACAAUCUUCUUCGUCGACAGUUACAGCAGAGGAAUCUAUGUUUUUCUUGCCGGACCAAUCAUCGGAGACCGAUCCAUCUUCUCUGCACUCAGGUCUUUCCGAUCGGCCGGUAAUUGUGAGUCCUGGAGAAGAAAAGACGCUGGGGGAUGCCUUGAAAACAGAGGAGGAAGCAACUCCCGUUCAAAAUAUCGAAAAAGACUUUUCAGAUUUAUCAUUCAACGAAAUCAGUCCUGUGUCGGAACGCCUUGCAACAAUUUAUUCUCGUGCGAGUCUUUUGCUUCGGGAGUCCAUGGAUCUAGAUGGAGUCGUGUGUCUAGACGCUUGCCCGACAAACUUUGCAUUCACACCAGAAACAACCGAAAAAUGGGAUCCCUCAAGACCAACACCGGAUACAGGCUUCCCAAUAGCGCCGCUUUCUAAUCCCCUUGGACUGCCGUGUGUUGUCUCUCAGGAAUUUGACCAGCCGAGCGACAUGUUAAGUUGCGCCCUUAAAACACCAUUCAAAGGAGACGCGGGAUUGCAUCAUCAACCUAUCAUACCAAAGGGAUUGCUGCAUCGACUCCUCAGAGCUUACCCUCAAGGCCAAAUCCUGAGUCUGGAAGAUGCGACUCUGGAUUCCGAAGAAGACUACCAGUCGUGUUCCUUCACUGAAAUUUUGGAAUCGGGACCAGAAUCGUCUAAAACACAGUCUAUCACAAAUCAGCUCGCAAAACGUCUUCCUGGUGCCAAAUGUGCUAUUUUCCUUCCUUUGUGGGACUGGAACAAGUUCCGUUGGCUUUCCGGAAUCCUAGUAUGGACCACAAGUAGCUACCGGGCACUCGGGCCAGAGGAACUGCACUAUUUCAAAGUCUUCGGAGAUGCCAUCAUCUCGGAGAUUUGUCGAAUCAAUUGGGGUAGCACCGAAAAAUCAAAAUUCGACUUUAUCUCCUCGGUCAGCCACGAGCUUCGUUCUCCGCUGCAUGGCAUUUUGGCAAGUGCUGAACUACUUCAUGGAACUUCUCUCGGCUCCGCACAGGAGGAGAUGGUGGGCAUGAUCGAAAGAUCUGGUUUGACUUUACUUGACACGACGAAUCAUAUGCUGGAUUUCUGCAAGAUCAACAAUCUUAGACAGACAAAUCUACUGAAUGUGGCCGCUGCCGAAGGUGAAACAGUGAACCUUAUUUCUGAUUUCGAUAUCAGUCAAUUGGUCGAAGAAGUUGCAAACAUUCAGUACACCGGACAAAAGGCCUCCGAGCAUGUCGGAGCCGUUAGAGAGCGGAGGUCCUCGAGCGUGGAUUCAGGAAGUUUAAUCGACCUUCAUUUCGGCCACCAAGACCAGAUGUCAGUUGUUAUUCGAAUCGACCAUUCCGAUACCUGGAGAAUUCGGUCUCUGGCGGGUGCAUGGAGAAGAAUUGUGAUGAACCUCCUUGGGAAUGCAAUGAAAUGGACAUCUGCUGGAUUUAUUGAGGUGGCGCUAUCGAAAGUGAAGGGUCGUUCUGAAAGGUCACCACUGAUGCAUCUCUCUAUUACCGAUACUGGCCGUGGCAUUGCGGCAGACUUUAUCAAACACAAACUGUUCGUCCCCUUCUCCCAAGAGGACCCACUAUCAGAAGGUGUUGGGCUAGGACUUAGCAUCGUCCACCAAUUGGUCACAUCUCUCGGGGGCCACAUCAAUGUGCGGAGUGAGGUUGGAAUCGGUACACAAGCCGAGGUUUAUAUUCCGGUGCAGUAUCUUGAAUCUCGCCCGAACUUCAAUAUCAGGCCAUUAUCAUCAACAACAACAACAAGAACAGAACAAGUCCCGAUCGAUCCAAUUCAUGCCUGUUUAAUUGGUUUCAAUGGAUAUCCUGACUUGAAAGAAGCCCCAACUGGAAUUCUCACCGUUGAAGGCAAACGCAAGCUUUCCAUCCAAAGCACCGUCGCCAGCAUCCUCAUGAACGAUCUCCAUUGGAAGAUUUCCCUAGCUGAUACUUUUGAAAAAGCACGCGGCGAAGUAAUCGUUAUUGAGGAAGGCUUACUUCACCGCGCGAUGCAAGAGAACGAAAAAUUGGCCCUGGAACUGUCCACAAAGAGCAGAUUGCACUUUUUCAUCAUACUUAGUGGCAAUGCGCCUCUCAUCACCGAUGACAAAAUGGUGAACCUCGUUCGCAUUUCCCAGCCUUUCGGCCCACUGAAAAUUCACAGUGCCGUUGAAAAAGUUAUGAAGUGGCGAGAAAAGCAAGAGCCCUCUAGUUCUCCUAUACUUGCACCUGGCGCUACCCCCGUGGUCCUUUCCCCUGAACAAGAACGCGAGGGCUACUUCAAUACUAGAUCAAGUUCGGACGAAAAGAAUAUAGUUCAUCAAACGGCACCAGCGACGAGCCCAUCUGGAUCAACUUCUUCAACACCGAAGCCGUCUAGCAAGAAGAAUCUUGUACACGUGCUCAUUGUGGAUGACAAUGAGAUCAACGUCAAGAUUUUGGCCACAUUUAUGCGAAAAAUAAAUUGCAGCUUCGAUACUGCCUCAAAUGGACUAAUAGCACUGGAAAAAUACAAAAGCUCACUUUACCACUACGACUUUAUCUUAAUGGACAUUUCAAUGCCAGUCAUGGACGGCCUCGUCUCAACCAGCAGAAUCCGCGAAUACGAAAAAGAAAACAACCUUUCACCAUCAUGCAUCAUGGCAAUCACCGGCGUUGCUUCAACCGGCUUCCAGCAACAAGCAAGCACAGUCGGCAUCAACAAAUACCUCAUCAAACCUACAUCCCUCCGCGAGCUCAAACUUCUUAUGAAUAUUGCAUGA